GAGAAAGACAGACGAUCAGAGAAGAGAGAGAUCAGCACACACAGAAUGAGAAGCGACGAAGCGAGAGCUGAGCUCCGUCUGCAGAACAACAGAGCCUGAAGAUUAGCCUCAGAGCCGCAGGAAAUAUUCAGACAAUGCUCAUCCGUCUCGCUCUCCGAAUCCUCCGCUGUCGUGCAUCGCUCUGCCUCAGCACUCCCCAGCCCUCGUUUCAUCCGGCGACUCCUCCACAGCAGAGUGAGAUAUGAGCUCCAAACAUUCAGCGGACUGGAUACCGUACAGCACCCUGGAUGAUGAGUGCAGUAACCUUCGACAGCAGAAGCUGGACAGACAGCGAGCUCUCUUAGAGCAGAAGCAAAAAAAGAAGCGUCAGGAGCCCCUGAUGGUGCAAUCCAACCUGGACGGUCGCUCUCGAACCCGCCGGACGCGGCAGUGCGAGGAGCAGGCACCGCUAGUCGAGUCCUAUCUUAGCAGCAACAGCAGCACCAUCUACCAAGUACAAGAGGCUGAGCAGGAGGAGGACAAGGCCGUAGUGGAAGUUCAGGUUCCUCGCUCGGCUAAAAAAUCCAAGCCGCUCACGUCGACUCCACAAACGGGCAGCGCCAAGAAGGAGAAAAAGGGCAAGCACAAAGGGACUCAUGGAUCAGCGACAUUCCAGGAUGAAGCCCAGGAUUUGAGCAGCCAGAUCCAGAUUCUCACAGUGGGACAUUCUGCAGGACAUGACAGUGACACUGAGCUCCAGAGCAAAGGCGUUUCUCAUGCACACAGCAAACAGGACCUGCGGGUCACAAUGCUGAAGAAAGGAAUCUCCAGCAGCAUGAAUUUUGAUGAGGAAGAAGAUGAUGAUGAGGAGGACGAAGUGAGCUCCAGUUCUUCUCAACUCAACAGCAACACCAGACCUGGCUCGGCCACCAGCAAAAAAUCCAGCAAGGAAGCGGCUUCAGCAUCAACGCCGGUCACCAACGAGCCGUCCAUCGAUGUGGGCGAUCUCGAGGAGUUCACCUUGAGGCCGGCACCCCAGGGAGUGACCAUCAAAUGCAGGAUCACGCGGGAUAAAAAAGGAAUGGACCGGGGCAUGUACCCCACCUACUACCUCCAUCUCGAAAGAGAAGACGGCAAAAAGAUGUUUCUUUUAGCUGGAAGAAAAAGAAAGAAGAGCAAAACUUCCAACUACCUGAUCUCCAUUGACCCCACUGACCUGUCGAGAGGCGGCGAGAGCUUCAUCGGGAAACUCAGGUCGAACCUCAUGGGUACGAAGUUUACUGUGUACGACAGCGGGACGAACCCUGUGAAGAGCACGUCCACUUUGGAGGCCAGCAACCUGCGUCAGGAGCUAGCAGCUAUCUGCUACGAGACGAACGUUUUGGGGUUUAAAGGUCCUCGGAAAAUGAGCGUCAUUAUCCCGGGGAUGAACAUGGAUCAUGAAAGAGUCUGCAUAAGACCUCGUAAUUCACAUGAGCAUGAAACCUUGUUGGCUCGCUGGCAGAAUAAGAGCACGGAGAGCGUGAUCGAGCUCCACAAUAAGACACCGGUGUGGAACGAUGACACUCAGUCGUAUGUGCUGAACUUCCACGGCAGAGUCACUCAGGCCUCUGUGAAGAAUUUCCAGAUCAUUCACGAUAACGACCCGGACUAUAUCGUGAUGCAGUUUGGCCGAGUGGCUGAGGACAUUUUCACUAUGGACUAUAACUACCCCAUGUGUGCGCUUCAGGCUUUCGCUAUCGCUUUGUCCAGCUUUGACAGCAAACUAGCCUGUGAGUAACACAGGAGGACAUGCUAGCAGGGGUGAGCCAGAGGGACGUGUGAGAGGACGGAUUAGGGGACAUUCUGAUUUCCUAAGAAGGACUUCAGUGACCGGGACAAGUCCUAAAUUAAAUGGAUCCUCUGUAUAUGGGAGCGCACAGAAGUUUGGACUGUACACACAGCAGACCAACGAACGCUUCUUUCUGCUUUUCCGGGACAACGGCGAAGGAAAAAGCACAAAGUCUGACACACACCGUCUGAAUUUUAUCCAUGUUGCAAUUUCAAGUCGAAUGAAUUAUUGUGUAACUUUGCUGCUGCAGCAAAUGCGUUUGUAUUAGCGGUGAAAUCUCAUCGUCAGUCUCAUCGCUGGAUUAACUGCAGUUGUCUGAGUAACGCUAACGCUGAACACGCUAACAUCACUGCUGAUCGCUUCCUAACCAUCCUAAUACCACUUUAUACUCUCAUUUUCAUCGGCUAAUGUUGGACUUCAAAUUUUGUACAGUAAUAUUAAAAGUGUGUGUGUGUGUGUGUGUGUGUGUGUGUGUGUGUGUGUGUGUGUGUGUGUGCGUGUGUUAAUGACUAACUUCAAUCACGUAACAAGUCUUUGUGACGCUUUCUGAAGCUUCAUGCCGUCUGAAGUGUUUUGUAUUUCUAUUUUAUUUAUGUAUUUAUAGAUCGUUCUGCUGUGAUUUUAUUUAACACCACAUUAGCACUCAAGACUCAGUACUGACAACUUACACAUGAAAACUCAACACUCAAUACUCAACACUAAGAACUCAAUACUCAAUACUUGAAACUGAAAACUUAACACUCCACACUGACAACUCAACACGCAAAUCUCAACACUGACAAUUCAACACUCAACUCUCAACAUGAUCAUCUCAACACUCAACACUGGCAUGUCAACACUCAAAAUACAACACUCAACACAAACAAACUUAACACUCAGUACUUAACACUGACAACUGACCAAUGACAAAAAAAAUACAGAAAGAUCAAUACCUCAACAGUGAAAACAAAAUUAAUAAACACCCACUAAUCAUUGGACAUGCAAUAUUUAAUCAUAAACAAUGUAAAUUCAACACUCAUAAAAUUUAAAACCUAACAAUCAGUCUUUCCCACUGAAAAUGUAACAUCCACUGCUCAACAUUCAACAGGGAAAACACUCAAUACUCAACACUGACAAUUCAACACCCAGUACUGAACACUUAAAACUCAACACCCGAUACACAUCACUGAAAUCUCAACACCCAGUACACAACACCGAAACAACACUAAAUCCUCACAGCAAAAAAUUCAACACUCAGCAGUGAAAACACUCUGUACCCAACACUAAAAACUCAACACAAUACGCACACGCGCACACACACUACAGUAACACUCAGGAUAAAGUUCACUGUUCUGUUAAUUGUUAAGUCCUGGGUCUGUAAAUUCAACAAUGUACAACAAAUUCACAGACCCAGGACUUAACAAUUAAUUAACAGAACAGUGAACUUUAUCUUGAGUGUUACUGUAGUGUGUGUGUGUGUGUGUGUGUGUGUGUGUGUGUGUGUGUGUGUGUGUGUGUGUGUUCUCAAUUCUUGUCAGUGUGUUUUUCAGUGAAAGAAUAAAUUACAACAAACGGAAAAUAAAUUUACUGGAAAAAAUCUU